AUGGCCAUCGAACGCUAUCGCAUCUGGUCUACUCCCGGCACCGCCUCGAGUGAUGAGGAGAUCCACUCCGAUACGUCCUCAGAGCUCACUGAGCUCCACCCCGACGAAUUCCCUCGCUACUUCGACGAGCGCAAUGGUCGGCUCUUCCAUUCUCAUGGUCAUUCUCCGUAUCCUUUGCCUGUGGAUGCGGAUGAGCAGCAUAGGCAAAACAGGCAGCAUGCCCUGUUGUACAGCCUUAUUGGUGCGCACUUCAAAGGCCCCGUUCGCGAUGUCUUGCGGCCGGUCCACGGGUUGCAGAGGCAGGCCGUGGAUCUGGGGACGGGAACAGGACGGUGGGUCAUGGAUGUGGCAGGCCAAUUCCCACAUGUGAGGUUCAGCGGGAUUGACAUCGUGCCAAUCCAAACUAGGCACCCUCUGCGGAACGUCUGGUUCGAGAUGCACGAUCUCGAUGAACCGCUCGGGUAUGCGCCGGGCAGCGUCGAUCUCAUCCACGCCCGGGACAUCCACUUGGCGGUCCGUGAUUUCCCCAGGCUUCUGAGGGAAGUAGCGCGUGCGCUGCGUCCCGGCGGGUUGUACAUAUCCGGCGAGUGGUUCGGCUACCCGGUCAUGAAGGACGGCUCUCGCAUCAGCGAGCGUGCCCCGCGCAUCCACCGCUUCUUCGACCUGGUGAACUACUACCUCGGGCGGGACGGGAUUGGCUUCGUCGCGGCGAGCAUCCCCGAGUGGGUCCGGCUUUCGGGCGCCUUUGUUGGCAUGCGCGUCGAGGACGUUUACGUCCCCAUCGGGUCCGAGAAUCUCGACCCCCGCAGUGCUGGGGAGAGGCUGAAAGCCAAUCUUCGCGUAUUCGCGACUUCCAUGCAGCUCUGGUUGGUGGAGAAACGCUACUGUGGCCGCGCGGCGGCUCAGGACCUGGUCAAUGGCUUCAUCCUCGAGGUUAACACCAUAGAGGGCAUGGAACUUCAGUACCGGGUUGUUUAUGCUCGCAAGGCUUGA